AGAGUUGGUGUAAGUGAUCGUGACAUGAGGUGUAAUCAAGAUCAUACUUCACAGGAUCAUUUCUGUAGUAUAUCUUCACAUUCUCUCUACUCAACAGUGGAGUUGAUGCAGCCACGAUGAAGAGGUAUAAUCCUUUUCCCUGAGCGUGAGGACGACUCGUGGACCUGAAUUUAUUUCAAGUCCACAGUCACCGAUGAUCGUUCACCUCUCGUACUCUGUAUGAAAGGCAUGGGAAAAGGAUAUUCUGAGUGGGGAAAAUAGAGAACGAAGACGAGAAUAAAAAAAAUGAACUCGUGCAGAAUCCGCAGUCCAAUUACCAUGAAAAUGGCGUCAUAACCGAAUGGUUGUCGCACGACGUGCACAACAAGUCGGCAAAUCCCGUAAAGAUAACAAACCAACUCAUAAAGAUGAGAAGAGGAAAUCCUGUGGAGCCCUGCGUCCCUGAAGACGAAAAAAAAAAUAAUAGAAAGAAGAAGAAGAAUCCUGAAAUGGGAGACAGCAAGCUGUUGCGCGCGCAGUGUGACUCGUUCCCCUCACUCCGUCGGACCCCCACCCCACCCACUCGUCCCAUUGGACGGAAUGGGUUUUUGUGUUCUCAGUGUAAAGUGAGUCGGCAGACGAGUGAGACAGAUUUUUCGUCUCCGUACGACAGCAGCGCCAAUUUAUCGUUGAAAUAUUUUUCCUGCCACAUCGCGGUUGUUUCAUACGAGUACGAGAUAACAGAAGUGCCGGAGUUACCGCAUUUAUUACCACUCGCAACGUCGACAAGUGUGUGAAAUUAAAGAAACGAAAAAAUAAUAAUAAUUAAUCGUAAUUACUCUGGAACUCUGAAAGUGAUCAUUAGUUUUGGAAAAUAUGAAGAGACUUAAUGCAAAGUGCGCGGAUUCCUCGAGUUAAAGCUGAAGUGAUAAGUUGAUUAGUUAUUUUUUUUCGAGUGCCGGUGAAUUUUUGAGUUUCGAUUUUCUUUUGUUUCGUUGAGAUGUUCUCCGAUGGGCAUGAAGUGGACGGCAGUUGGGUGCUACGCGUCUACGUUACGGAUUUACAAGUUGAGAGGAGUCUGAGGGUCAAGGGAGAUCUUCACAUCGGAGGAGUUAUGCUGAGACUUGUGGAGGAUCUUGAUAUUGCGAUGGACUGGUCUGAUCAUGCACUCUGGUGGUCUGAGCGUAAUUCAUGGCUGACUCGUACCCGAAGUACUCUAGAUCAGUAUGGAGUUGCUGCUGAUGCUUUGUUGCACUUCACACCGAUGCACAAAACCCUGAGAGUUCAGCUGCCGGAUAUGCGGUGUCUUGACUGUCGCGUUGAUUUUUCAGUGAAAACAUUCAAUGCUGUUAUCAAUCUGUGCAAGGAGCUUGGGAUCAGACAUCCUGAGGAGCUGUCGUUCUGCAAACCUCUGGAGCUGAGUGAUCUCAAGUGCAAUUUGAAGGAUCGAGUUGCCAAGAAGAAGAUUGAGAAUCAGAAAAAUGGCCACUGGACUGUUCCAGCGGAUACCAAUACGUUCAUUCCGGUUUCCCAGAGUCCCAAGGGCUCCACUGGAAGUCUCGACCAGAGCAGUCCCUUCAUGUGUGCACCAGUGACACCCAACAACAGAAAUCACAGCACUCCGAUAAGUUCUCCAGUGACACACACAGGGACAUGGAAACGCAACAACAAUUCAUCGGGUUUUGGUAGUACUGGCUCAUUCAACGCAAACAACAGUACAAUGUCACUGGAGGCAUUGAACGGUGGAUUGUCUGAGUCGUUGGCUCAGAGUCCCGCCUCGGUGUCACCGGACAUUCGAUCAAAAUUAAUCCGCCCAAAGAGCCUCAUUGAGCGUGCCAGGAUGAAUGUCGCUUGGCUAGACUCAUCCCUCUCCAUCAUGGAGCAGGGCAUUCGUGAAUUCGACACACUACGGCUCAAGUUCAAGUUCUACUCGUUCUACGAUCUUAAUCCUAAAACCGAUUCUGUGAGGAUAAACAUGAUUUAUGAGCAGGCCAAGUGGCAGCUCCUCGCCGAGGAAAUCGACUGCACCGAGGAGGAGAUGCUAAUGUUCGCUGCACUUCAGGUUCAGGUGAAUCUGCAGGCAAGUGUACCCCAGCCGAGUUACGAGACAAAUGGCACGUCAUCACCAGCGGAGGACGAUAUCGACGCAGCUCUCACGGAUCUCCAGGUGACUCUGGAGGGUAGCAGCAUCUCCAACGGUUCGUGCAACAUCAUGGAGGUGCCUGAGCUCUGUGAUUACCUGCGAUUCUUCAAGCCUAAGAGAUUUACACUGAAGGCGUACAAGAGGUAUUGGUUUACCUGUCGUGAUUUGCAGUUGAGAUUGUACAAGAGCAGGGAGGAGAGCAACAGCUCGGAGCUACCGGCACACGUCAUUAAUUUGAGAGGAUGCGAGGUGACACCUGAUGUCAACCUGGCGCAGGGAAGGUAUGGGAUCAGGCUGGAGGUACCAAGUGCUGAUGGCAUGACGGAGAUGUGGAUCAGAUGUGAAACUGAACAACAGUACGCAAAAUGGAUGGCAGCCUGUCGUCUGGCAGCCAAAGGCCGCUCCUUGGCUGAUUCCUCGUACGAGAGUGAAGUCAACAGCAUCACAGCUUUCCUCCAGCUCCAGCGACCAGCUCCAGCACCAGCCAUAAGUCCCAACUCUUUGGACAUCAUCCCCGAGGACUACGUGGCUCCCAGAUUCGCCAAGAAACUCAAGGGUAAAAUUGUCCAGAGAAUUCUCGAGGCUCAUGCCAAUGUCAAGGAUCUUCCUCUCGUCGAGGCGAAAUUAAAUUACAUCAAGGCCUGGCAGUCACUGCCUGAAUACGGUAUCUCAUUGUUUAUUGUCAGAUUCUCACCCAAAGCUAAGGAUGAACUCCUGGGAAUUGCCAACAACAGAUUGAUGAGGAUGGAUCUGCACAGUGGUGAUCAUCUCAAGACGUGGAGAUACAACACGAUGAAGGCGUGGAAUGUCAACUGGGAGGUGAAGCACAUGAUGGUGCAGUUCGAGGAGGAGAACAUCAUCUUCGAGACGCAAUCCGCUGACUGCAAGGUCGUUCACGAGUUCAUUGGCGGGUACAUCUUUCUCUCGAUGAGGUCUAAGGAGGCUAAUCAGACUCUCAAUGAGGAGAUGUUCCACAAACUCACUGGGGGAUGGGUUUAACUCCGUCGCGUGUGAGGAUUUUUUUUUUUUCUUCGUUUUUGUACAUAAAAAUCGAACCUCGUGGAUCUUAUAAAUAUUUAUCCACGGAUUAUUUAUGUAAAGUGCCUAAUACUUGAGUCGAUGGUACCCUAGUGCCUGCAAUUUAUUAUACUAGAUGAUUUUAUUGGGUUUAUUAAUCGAGAAAUUAUCUCUUGGGAUAAUUUCAUUUUAAUACUUUACUGAGAAUUUAUUCUUCUUUUUUUUUUUAGAUAUUUUAACUCAAUGAAUUCAUAUAAAGUCUCGAGUUUUGCUUUGUCCUGUUGGAAUUACUGCUGCAGGAUCUGAUGAGAUA